CGUGGAGGAGAAGGACGUGAGGAGGGAGCAAGCUGCGAGCCAAACGCCAGGUGUCCUGCGGCUGUCCCGGAGGGUGGCAAUGCUGGCCCAAAGGUGCGGUGCAGGCGCCGCCACUCCAGGGCUGCAGCCCUGUCCGAGGGACAUCUCCGCUCCUGCCUGUGGCACGGGGAGCGUUGCCAGCAGGCCGAGGGAAGCAAUCCUUCCUCUCCACCGCGUGCCGCGGGACCCGGCGUUUGAGCCCACGCCGGCUGCAAGAGCGGCCACCCUCUUGCUUGGGUGCCAAGGGCCCAGGCCCCAGCGGGGCACCUCCAGCCACCCCCGUGAGGCGGGGGCUCUGUCACAGUGGGUCCCUGCCCAAACGGGGGGCGUGCGGUGGUGAUGUCACAAUGGCCACUGUGACCCGCGGGGCGAGGAGCAGAUAAAAGGCUGCUGGGCUCGGGCCGUGCCUCAGUGCGAUUUGGUGAGUUGGGGAGAGAGCAGGGAGGAGGGGGCUGGCCGGGGCUGCCGAGGGAGGAGGGGUCCCACACCUCGGGCCCGUGCUACAGACUCACCCUCGUCCUGCUUCUCCCUCAGGGUCGGCAGAGGAGCGUGUGGAGGAGAAACCCCGGCACUGCUGGGGCAGCGACUCUCCAAGUGCUCGCUGUCGAAGUGCACCAUGUCUGCAAUGAAGCGGAAGGCUCCCGACUCGAGGGAACAAGGUGAGAGAAAAGCAUCCCAUCCCACAGGAGGGCGGGGAGGGGCUGGGGGGGGUGCCUGUGGCUGAGAGGGGAGGCAGGGGCAGGCAGGGGCUCCCCAACCACCCCGGGGCAGGGCCCCUCUGCUCCUUGGCAGGGGGGGCCCAGGUCGGGCUGUGGGUGCCUGCUGGGACCCUUGUGCCUGCUGUGCCCCCUUCCCCUCCACAGCCUCUGGCCCUGCCCAUCAGCCAGCGUGGCAGGGACAGAACAGGCCCUCGGGGACAGUCCCUCAGGGACACCUGGCCCCGCAAAGGCGCUCAAUGGCUGUGCCGUUUGCUCUCUCCCCUCCAGCAUGCAUGCUGUGUGGCCGGGCAGAUGCUGACCCAAACAUCUGCGGCCCCAAACACAAAAGGAAUGGGCUCUGUGCCCACGCGUUUUGCCUGGUGAGUUCUCCGUGGCUCCUGUCAGCAUCCCACCAGGGACGGUCCCUUCCUCUACGACCCCUAAUGAGAUCCUGCUCUUUUCUCUUCUACAGUAUUUUGUGGAUAGCCUUUCACGGCGUGGAAGCAUGCGCAAACACAUAGAGGGGUACCGUCCUGACGACAUCCGAUGCGCGAUCAAGCGGGCAUCCCAGAAGGUGAGGACCUGAUGGGGAACAGGGAGGUUUGUGCCAGGAGAUGCUCCCGCAAGCUUAGCCUGGACCCCAAGGAAGCAAUCCCAGCCUUUCCAACCUGCUCCGGGACAAACUGCUGCUCUGGCAGACGAGCCUCGUCCGCCAGGCGGGUCUGCAGAGUGUGACCCAGCAGCGCCCGCACCCUGUGCCCUGCCCUGCCCAGGGGUGUGGGGCCAGCGGUGGCGGCGGCAUCGAGCCUGCUGCUAAUGGGGCUGCUGUGUUCUUUUCAGCAAUGCUUCGUUUGUGGCGAGCGAGGGGCCACCAUCACCUGCACGGAGACGGGCUGUGAACGCAGCUUCCAUCUCCCCUGCGCCUCGGAGGGAGAAUGUGUCACCCAGUUCUUUGGGCGGUACAGGUCCUUCUGCUGGGAGCACCGCCCUCAGCAGGCAGUGCAGGCAGCUCCAGAGCAGGACACCACCUGCACCAUCUGCAUGGACCCUGUGGGGGACAGCAAGUCCUACCACACCAUGGUGUGCCCAGCCUGCAGUCACGCCUGGUUCCACCGGGGCUGCAUCCAGGAACUGGCCAUACACACAGACAAUCACCGCAUCAAGUGCCCCGUCUGCAGAAACAGGGGGGAGUUUCGUUCAGAAAUGUCCAUCAUGGGGAUCCGAGGGAUCCGAGUCCCAGUCAGAGGACCAGCCUGGGAGAACAACAACGCCUCUGCAUCGCUGCAAGAGAGGUGCCGGCGCUGUACUGCCAGGGAAUGCCUUUACCCACAAGGCAGGGAGCAGGCGGAGGGACAGGGGCCCUGGCAGCUGCUCCUGUGCCGCUCCUGCGCUGCCGAAGGCACCCACCGGCGCUGCUCCAACUUGACCAACAGCGCAGGCACCUGGGAGUGCGACAGCUGCGCUGGCGUGGGCACCAGCAGCCAGGCAGCACUGUGGCCAUUACAAGGGAUCCUGGUGACUGACAGUAGAAGACGGGAGAGAGACCGGACGACGAUCCGCCAUCCAGCAGGGGACGGCCCAGAGAAGCCGCUCCCCAUUACAACACCAGGCCCCAAAUACCCAGAGGCAGACCCGAAGACGGCAUCGGAGCAGACGUGCUACAACCCCCAGUGCUCAGAGCAGCAGCGACAGCAGCAGCAGCUCUGCCAGUGGAACAGCACCAGGAACCUCCAGUCGCUCCACGGUGCCCGAAGGCAGACACCCCGCCAGCCAGCGGGGGCGACCCCGGACGAGAAGCCGCUCACCGCUGGAACGUCCAGCCCCAGAUCCCCAGAGCCGGCCCCGAAGACGCCGCAGGAGCAGCCGUGCACCACAAACUGGUGCUGGGAGCAGCAGCAGCACCAGAUCUGCCAGGCGGGCGGCAUCGGGGUCCCCCAGUGGGUCCCCGGGGCCUAA